CUGCAAGUAUACUUCCAUUGAAGUCUCAUCAAGCAUCGCCAACAUGACCCGGAUCCAGGCUUUGACAGCAACUGGUGGUGAAUAUCUAUGUGAGGAACUCGCCCGCCGUGGAGUCGAACAUGUGUUUGGCAUGGCUGGUGGGGCUGUGCUCCCCGUAUUUGAUGCCCUGUACGAUCGGGAACCAUUUCGCUUCAUCCUUGCCCACCAUGAACAAAUCGCGGCCCACAUGGCCGAGGGCUAUGCUCGAGCAUCGGGCAAGCCAGGGGUAGUGCUGGUUACCUCGGGCCCUGGCACGUCGAACUUAGCGACUCCUCUACUCGACGCCUUGCUGGAUGGAGUCCCGGUGAUUGCUAUCUGCGGCCAGGUGGCCACCUCCGUCCAGGGCACGGGGGCUUUCCAAGAGAUUGACUCUCUUGCGCUGGCCCGACCGUGUACCAAAUGGUGUGGAAUGCCACGGCGGGCUGAGGAUCUACCCGGCUGCAUUGCCACAGCUUUCCACAUGGCCAUGAGUGGUCGCCCUGGGCCGACGAUGGUGGUUGUUCCACGGGAUGUCGCUCAAGCACGCUUCACACCGAACGAAACCCAUGCGGUCGAUGAUUCUUCGUCCGAUCCGCGGCCGGGCGAGAUGAAAGCUCAGCUGGACCAGGUUGUACGGCGUAUCGAAGUGGCCGAGAAACCAGUGAUUAUUGCUGGACAUGGUAUGCUCCAGACUGCCCAAGGUGCCGAUAUCCUACGCAGAUUGUCCACGACCGCCUGUAUCCCAGUGACGACCACCCUGCUAGGCAUGGGGGCCAUGGACGAACUCGACCCGCUGGCGUUGGGCAUGCUUGGCACUUAUGGCACAGUCCCUGCCAACCUGGCCGUUCAAAGUGCAGAUCUUGUUCUCGUCCUAGGCGCACGGUUGGACCAGCGCGCAGUGGGCCACGCAGCGGGAUUCAGUCCCGUGGCUCGCGAAACUGCUGCACAACAGGGCCGCGGUGGGAUCGUGCACUUUGAUAUCUACCCGGAAAACGUUGGGAAAGUCAUAAAACCCACCAUUGCCGUCCUGGGAGAUCUCGCCCCUAACGUGUCCGAACUGCUUCGAUGUCUCAACCCCACUAUGCCGCGAGUGAACUGGCUGCAACAGAUCCAGGACUGGAAGGCCCAAUAUCCCCUCGCGUUCCAGCGUCCCGAAGUCCUCCCGUCGCGCCUUCUCCCCCAAGAAGUCAUCGCAGAGUUAGAUAUGCAGACCCAAGACCAGAAGACUUCCACCGUCGUGACCACCGGCGUCGGGCAACACCAGAUGUGGGCGGCGCGAUACUACCGCUGGCGGGAACCCCGCAGUCUGAUCAGCUCAGGAGGCCUGGGCACAAUGGGGUACGGACUCCCUGCGGCGAUUGGGGUCAAGCUGGCCCGUCCGGAGUCGACGGUCAUUGAUAUUGACGGCGAUGGCUCUCUCUGCAUGACCAUGGAAUCCAUUCUUACCGCGGUGCAGCAUCGCGUGGAGAUCAAGAUUGUGGUCAUCUGCAACGAACGACAGGGGAUGAUCGAGGAAGUGCAGACGGACGAAUUCGCCGGCCGCAUUGUGCAAAGCGAGCAGCGAAAUGCGGACUUUGUGAAGUUGGUGGAGAGCAUGGGGGCCCAGGGACGGCGCUGUACGCAUCGUGAGGACCUAAAGGAGAGUGUCGGCUGGGUGUUGGCCACAUCCGGGGUGGUGCUACUGGAAGUGCUCACGAAGCAAGACGUGCCCAUGGUUCCCAAAGUGCCUGCAGGGAAGGGCCUGGAGGCGAUUGUGGACAGUCUGGUUCCAGAAUGAGGAGGAGGAGGAUGUAGAGUUUACCCGGGAAGAGGGUGGAACCAGGGUUGAAGCCUUAAAAGUACCAAUAGCAAGGAUGAUUUCGAUCAUUGGUCUGUACCUGAGGAUAUAUAGUUACUUAGUCCUAGUAGUACUAUACUACCCUAUAGCCGGGAGUUUCAC